AUGUACACAAACGGAGAGGCACAAACAACUGGCGAUGUUGCAGGGGUGCUAAAGUUUAGCCUGUUGGGCUUUGUUCUUGGUUGUGUGAUGGCUGUAGCGGUCGACUGGCUUCUCCACCAAUGCCGAGAAUGUCUACAGGCAAGUCACAUUUUCUCUAGUUUAGCUGCGGGGGAAGGGAAACAGUCAUUUACCCAGCUGCAGCAACCACAGCCGCUGCCUUUUACUCCUGAAGUUGGACAGGGGGAGGAGGAAGAGGAGUGGAGUACUGAGGCCGAAGAGGAGGCGGAGGAAGAAGACGAGGGGACCUCUGAUUACGACAGCGAGUUGGAGUGCAUUGAGGAGCUUCAGCUAAAAAUGGUGCUAGUCAUCCGACGAGAUGUAAGGGAUAUGACUACUAACGACAUCUGCGCACUCUCCGCCGGUGCUGCUGUGAACCUGGUGCAGAAAAUACAACGCGAUGGGGAGCACAAGGAAUGGAAGGUGUGGUAUGAGUGGUGGAGACGUGUGGGGUGUGCUAAAAUCACGCUUAAAUCCCCUGAUUACUGCACACUUCGACAGGUCGCACUUGCCGCGGAGGCGCGUGGACUUCCGUGGCAUGACACCUUUGCCAUGCCCUCGUCCCUGGUCAAGAAAGAUAAUGAUGAACAGAUGGGAGUGGUGGUGGCUGUUGGCCCAGCACCGUCUGCGAUACUAAACCCCAUCACCGGAAAACUGAAAUUGCUUUCCUGA